AUACUAGCGGUUUGCAAAAGGCCUGAUGCGGACUAGGUAGCUUGAGUCACUGCUCUUUAGUUAGUUAGUUAGUUAGUUAGUUAGUUAGUCAGUUAGUUAGUUAGUUAGUCAGUUUUAGUGAGUCAGUUAUUUAGCUAUUCAGUAGAAAUGGAGGUAUCCGAGGCUCUGAGUGAAGCCGAGCGGCCGCGACACCGACCCUGUCUCAUAGGCGUUAGUGGAGGAACCGCCAGCGGAAAGUCCACAGUGUGUGCUAAGAUCAUGGAGUUGCUGGGCCAAAACAAGGUGGAUCAUCACCAGAGGAAAGUGACCAUCGUAAGCCAGGACAGUUUCUACCGAGUGCUCACUCCAGAACAGAAGGCAAAAGCUCUCAAAGGCCAGUACAACUUUGAUCAUCCAGAUGCCUUCGAUACAGAGUUGAUGUGCCAGACACUGAAGGACAUUGUAGACGGAAAAGUUGUGGAGAUUCCAACAUACGACUUCAUCACACAUUCCAGGUUACAAGAGACGAUCUGCGUGUAUCCGGCUGAUGUUGUUCUUUUUGAAGGAAUUCUGGUCUUCUACACACAGGAAGUCAGAGAUAUGUUCCAUAUGAAACUGUUUGUGGAUACAGACUCAGAUGUACGUCUGUCACGUAGAGUUCUUAGAGACAUGAGGAGAGGUCGUGACUUGGAACAGAUCCUUACACAAUACACCACUUUCGUUAAACCAGCCUUUGAGGAAUUCUGCUUACCAACCAAGAAAUAUGCAGAUGUGAUAAUACCUCGUGGAGUAGACAACAUGGUGGCGAUUAAUUUGAUUGUGCAACACAUCCAAGACAUCCUAAAUGGCGAUAUCUGCAAGUGGCAGAGAGGAACAGCUAACGGUAGCCCCCUCGAGCAGACCUUAAAGAGGCACGUGGACGAAGCGAGGGAGAGCCAUGAAGGAGGCGGCUCCAAUCCCAUAAAACGACCCCUGCUGGAACCUAGCACGCGGCCACAUUAACACCUAAACAACCCCCACCCCACCCCACUACCACCCCUUCCAAAGGGAGGUGUUUUAAAUGUGGGAAUAUUUUUAAAACUUGAACACUAGAAAAACAUUUGCAUGCUUUCAACCACAUGUAAAGACAUGCUGACACACACACAUGCACACACACUUUAGCAAGUGUUAGUGUUCUGGUUAAGUAUUUUACUCAGUCGUAUUGUUCAUGUAGAAAUACGGGAGGUGAUUUUAUUUAAUUCAACCAUUCUGUGAGAAGCUGUAUUAAUAGGAGUGUGUUUAUUUAUAUAUAUAUAUAUAUAUACACACACACACACACACACACACACUGUACAUACAAAUGGGAGCUUUUUAGUUUGAAUUUCUAUAUUGGAAUUUUAACGACAAAUGUACAAAUCAGAUGCACAGACAGUUUCCGAACCGUCAGCUAAUUCUACUUAAAAUAUAUAUAUUUUUUAAUUAUCACAAAUCAAUCAAUAGGAAGAAAAUACGAGUCUUAAUGUUACGCCGACUUGUUCCAUUUUUCUUUGAGGUUUUUCCGUUCACAUGACGAAAUGCUUCGGUACAACAAUUUCUGCUUUAUGCACGUUAUACGUCCACGUUUCUUAUUUCACUUUAAUUAACAUUAAAGACCUUUAGACCUAAUCAGAAAUACCCCAGUGCCGGUCAUGCUUGUGUAUAUUACAUCUAAAUCGUGUGAACUCAUUUUAGGAUACAUCUAUUUCA